AUGGAGUCCUGGUCAGCAUGUCUGCAGAGACUCUCUGCCAUCUUCCACAUCGGCCGUCCCAGUAAUGCGAUAUGGAAGGCGGAGACCCGGCAGCCCCUGUCUACAGUUGUCAUCUUUGAGGAUUCAGGCAACGUGGAGCCGUUCCUAAAUAUCAACGCCAACGUGAACUGGCGUCAAGAGAAAAAGCUCGAUCCUCGAAGAUUCACUUACAGGUUUCUGCAACAUGUAUUAUACCAAAUCAUAAGGCAUGCCAAUGAAGAAUGGUUCGAUUUAAUAGAGAAGUCAAGCUCUCAUAUCACAGGCCUAGAAGAUAGAAUCUAUGGCAAUCCGGAAGAUGACGCUUGGGGCAACGAUCUCUGGUUGUGUUCGAGGCACUGGCUUCUUUUUGACCGAGUGCUAUCGUUGCACCUCAGAAUGCUGCCAUAUCUACAGGCCCAAGCCGCGAAAUUUCUUGUCCACUCUCAGAAUCGCCUUGGGCUUAACAUUGAGCGUGAAGAUGUCAGCAAUGUGUUUCACAGAAACCCAUUGUCCUUCAAGAAGCACCAGAUCCAGGUGACGCAAGCUCUGAUCAACCCAACCACGAACUUGCUCGACAUGAUCUACAAAAGGGUGGCCAUCCGAGACGCGCGAUACUCUCUCCAGCUGAACGAAAGCCUGUGGCGGCUGAGCUGGAUCACCUUCAUCUUUCUGCCACUAACGUUCGUCGCGGGGUUAUUCGGUAUGAAUAUCGACCUCUUCGCGGGCAAUCCUUCGAUAAAAUGGUACUUCGUUGUUGCCAUUCCUCUGGUAAGUAGGGUUGACCCUUAG